AUGGCCGAUCCACGAUCUUUCAAAGAUAAAUACUAUAGGUUACGAGAGAAGUAUGAUGCCCUUAACAAGCAAAGGGAUGAACUCAAACAUAACCUCGAAAUAACAAAGCACAGGGCGCGCAAGUUAAAGGAAGAGAAUAAUCAUUUGCUCGACUUAAUGAUGGAUUUAAAUCCUAGCCUUGUCGAUGAUGCAACUGGUUCUUCUUCCGAAGAUAUAGAUUUAUUAUCCGAUGCAUCUUCUGAUGAUGAUACUAGUAUAAAUGCAAUGAGUCGAUACGAACAAACCAAACCGCUUAUUAAAGAUUACAAAAGAAAAGCGUUAUCAUCUUCUUCACGAAAACCCCGUUCAUUACCCCAAGAAGCAAUGACGACAACGACGACAAUAUCAGGAUCAAUAACAUCACCAAAUAAUUCAAAUUCAAAAAAUAUUGCUAAUUCUACUUCUACCACUACGUCUACUACCAAUAAUAUCAAUACAAAUACUUCUGGAAAACGCAAGUCAGAUGAAGGUGUUGGUGGGGAUGAAUUACCGACGCAAAAACGACGAAGGAAAGCUCCUGGUGUGAAAAAGAAGCGUGAUGAUCGUACGGAUGCUAAAAGGAUUGAGCCUUUGCCAAUGAAUCCUGAUAGAACAUUGAAAUUGCCAGUAACUAUUGGUAAAGGUACUAAUGAGGUGACAAUUUAUAGGAUAGGAGAAAUAAUUUGGGAUAGAGAAGCAUAUCACACAAAUCGUUAUAUAUUUCCUGUUGGCUUUAUGAGUAAAAAGCAAUAUUUGAGUGCUGUUGACGUUACGAGAAGAACUACUUACACCAGCGAGAUUUUAGAUGGUGGUGAUAAUCCAAUCGUACUUACUGCCGAAGAUCAACCCGGCAGAAAAUUUGCAGCCAGCUCUUCCAGUGGAGUUUGGAAAAAGAUUCUCGAUGAAAUCAAUGUUCAAGGUGUUCCUUCAAAAACUCAUGCAAGUGGACCUGAAAUGCUUGGUUUGAGUCAUUUAGGAAUUACUAAAUAUAUUCAGAAAAGUAAAUAUAUGCCCCAAGAAUAUUUGCAAGCAUUAUUAGGUUUGUCAUCAACUGAAACUUAUUUAGUAGAUGCUUAUUCUAUCAAAUGUGCCUCGGCAAUAUCUGUCAAUAAAUUCAUUUGCUUUAUUACUUUUGGUAUCAUUUCUAAUUUUUCAGUUUCAAUACAAGAUGCUUUAGGUAUUGAUUGGACUUUUACUUUACUUCCUUUAAUUCUACUUUAA